CUAACAUCCAGUAAAGUUCAAUAGAAUGAACCAGACCAGUGCAGAUUGGGCAUCUUCCACAGAGAGAGGGUCAUCUUAGUCGAUCCUCGGAAGCUCAGUAAAUCCGUUGGUGAUAUGGACGGGAUUGCAUGUCCCAGUGCUGCCAAUGUCAUUUGCUUGUUAUAGCAAAGAUGUCGGGCGUGCUCGAUGCUGUACGGAGUAGACGAGUUGUCGCCUCCAGCCGUGUCAAAAACCAACCCCUCCCCUGUUGUUUACUAUGUUUUCUGGUCGCUUUAUCCCUCCUUCAUUCGAUGCCUUCUGAGACCAUCAAGCGCAGACCGUCAUCGGGCCACCUUGGAGCGCAGACAGAGCAAGGAUAGUCUCAGUCAUCAUAUUAGCAAGCAGUUGCUGUGUUAGUGAGUUUGAAUGCCUCGGGUUAGGAGCUUUGUGAAGCUUCACGCAGAUAACAUCA